AUGGAGAGAUGUGAGAUGAAAUCUCAAUCCCCUUGGGUCUGGACACUGUUUCCACCUGCGUCUCCACCUCUAAGCCGCCCGCCCCCCGUGCCCCCCCGCACCACAUCCAAACCCUACAUCUCCGUCACAGUCCAAAGCAGCACCGAUCGGAGGUCCGAACUCUCCCACCAUCACCCCCAUGUGGACGACAAUCGGAGGUCCGAACUCUCCCCCACCAUCACCCCCAUGCUGAUGAUAGCCGGAGGUCCGAGGUCUCCCAUCAUCACCCCCACGUGGACGACAGUCGGAGGUCCGAGCUCUCCCAUCAUCACCCCCAUGUGGACGACAGUCGGAGGUCCGAGCUCUCGCACCAUCACCCCCAUGUGGACGACAAUCGGAGUCGGAGGUCCGAGCUCUCGCCCAUCAUCACCCCCACGUGGACGACAGUCGGGAGGUCCUAGCUCUCCCAUCAUCACCCCCAUGUGGAUGAGUGCCGGGGCGCGCCCCUGGUGUCCCACCAGUCCAGCCAAGCUCACAGCAACUCGUCCGACAGCCUGGAUAGCACGCGAGCUAACAGCCUGGCACUGGGCAUCAGAGGCCUCCACCAAUCACAAAGCCACUGCACGACACACACACAGAGAUCCUCUAACCCAAAGAGAAACUAACGAAGCCAUCGCCCCCCGAGCCCACUGCACCACCGCGACGAACGACUGUGAGAGUGACACAUCAGCAGCUAACAGCACGACUAAAGCUAACGGCACGUUAACAGGAGCAGCUAAAACUAACGCCAUGCUAUCCCCCGAGGAGCCACAGGAAGCACCGGCUCCGAGGAGAAAACUGUCCUCCAUCGGAAUCCAGGUGGACUGUUUCCCAGAAGUCUCUAGCCCCGCACCCCGAGAGGACACGCCCCCUCUGAGCCGCUUUACGUCCAUCGGGGUGCAGGUGGAGGAUGGCUGGCACGUCGCCUCCAAACAGGAAGCUGACUCUGAUACUCAGGAAAUGCCCCCUUCAUACAAGCCCCAAUCAAAAUCCUCUGAGAAGAAAGUGAUGGUCAGUUGCGGCAGCCAAUCAGUGGCUCAGGACUCUCUGGACCAGGAUGCGCCAGCCCCCUUGAGCCCGCCAAUCAUGCGACAGAUUCUCAACAGGUGGCAUCUCUGA